GGCACUUCCUGAAUGUAACCCGAGAGCACAGUAGAGCGGCAGCGAAGAAGAAGGAGGAGGAGGAGGAAGGGGAAAUCACACAGUAACAGAGACUUUACUCCACGUGAUGCAAGAUGGAGAACAUUCGACGUCAGUUACUGGACAUUCUAGAAGAGCUGCUGUCAGACGAUCUGAAGAAAUUCCAGUGGCAUCUGACCAACGGUGUGGAAGGUUUCAGACACAUUCCGAAGAGUCUGAUGGAGAAUGUUAACAGAUUCAACACUGUGGACACAAUGGUGGAGAGAUACCCUCAAAAUGGAGCUGUAGAGAUCACACUUAAAAUCCUCAACCAGAUGAACCAGAACGAGCUGGCUGAGAAACUAAGGACCAACCUCAGAGAAAGUAAUGCAGAUGCACAGAGACGAGCAGAGAAUCAGUACCUCAAAUCAAAAAUCAAAGAGAAAUACGCAACGUUAUAUGAGGGAACCGCAGCAAAAGGGAAGCACAAUCUUCUGAAUGACAUCUACACUGAGCUGUAUAUUGUGGAGGACUGGACAGGAGGAGUGAACACGGAUCAUGAGGUGGUUCAAAUUGAAGCCAGACCAGCAAGACAUGCUGCCACAGAUGCUGCAAUCAAGUUCAGUGAGGUUUUCAGUGGAAGCCAACAUGUUAAAAAAGUGCUGACACUGGGAAUAGCUGGAAUUGGGAAAACAGUCUCUGUUCAGAAGUUUGCUGUAGACUGGGCUGAAGGAAAAUCCAAUGCAGAUAUCGAUUUUGUCUUUAUUAUUCCUUUCCGAGAGCUGAAUCUUCUGAAAGAUAAAGAAUACAGCCUUCCUGAACUACUUCAUCACGUCUACCCAGAGCAGCAACCCUUAAACGAAACUGGGCUUUUUGAUGGUGAAUGUAAGUGUGUUUUCAUCUUUGAUGGACUGGAUGAAUUCAGAAGUCCACUGAGUUUUGACCAGAAGAAAAUAUCAGCAGUAACAGAGAAGGCAAGUGUUAAUGUGCUGGUAACAAGCCUCAUCUCAGGAACCCUGUUUCCAUCUGCUCGUGUCUGGAUCACCUCCAGGCCUGCAGCUGCAGAUCAGAUCCCCUCAAAGCACAUCCACCUGGUGACUGAAGUACAAGGAUUUGUCACUGACCAGCAGAAGGAGGAAUACUUCAGGAAGAGAAUCGGUGACCAGGAUGAAGCCGAUGAAAUGAUCUUGCUCAUUAAACAGUCAAAGACCCUCUACAUCAUGUGCUACAUACCGGUCUUCUGUUGGAUCACAUACACAGUUCUUCAGCACAUCAUGAAAAAUCGCAAUGCAGAAGAACUUAAAUCAUUAACACAAAUGUACGCACACUUUCUGACCAUUCAGAUGGAAACAAAGAGGGAAAGGGAUAAUCAAACUCCUCAGAAAGAUACAAAGAACUUGCUGCAGUCCAACAAAACCAUUCUUCUGAAACUGGCUGAACUGGCAUUCAAACAGCUGAUGAAGGGCAAUGUGAUGUUCUAUGAAGAGAACCUGAGAGAGAGCAGCAUUGAUGUCACUGAGGCCUCUGUAUAUUCUGGGAUUUUCACUGGGUUCUUUAAAGAGGAAACUCCAUUUCAGCAGAGGAAGGUCUACAGCUUUGUUCAUCUGAGCUUUCAGGAGUUCCUGGCUGCUGUUUAUGUGUUUCACUGCUACGAAAAGAAGAACAUGGAGGAACUGGAGAUUUUUAAACCAUGGUACAGUGAAUGGUCUGAGAGCGAGGGGUCUGAGGAUGAUCCACUGGAGUUUACAGACCACCUGAACAGCAAGGGGUCUGAGGAUGAUCCACUGAUUAAGCUGCUGAUGGGAGCCGUGGAUAAAGCUGUAGAGAGUGAGAAUGGACACCUGGAUCUUUUCCUCCGUUUCCUGCUGGGCAUCUCACUGGAGUCCAAUCAGAGAUGCCUACAGGGUCUACUGACUCCCACACAGAGCAGAUCAGAGAAAAUCACAAAGUACAUCAAGAGUUUAAUCAGAAGAGGUCAUUAUCACAUCCUCACUGAGAAAUUCCUCAUCUCCACAGAGAGAUCCAUCAAUCUGUUCCUCUGUCUGUCUGAGAUGAAUGACCAGUCUCUCUCCAGAGAGAUUCAGGGGCAUCUAAACUCAGCUAAACACUCAGGAGUAAAUCUCUCUCCUGGACAGUGUUCAGCACUAGCCUAUAUGCUCCUCAGCUCAAGGGAGGUGCUGGAUGAGCUGGACUUGAAGAAGUACAGCAUAUUAGAGGAGGGUUAUAGGAGACUGAUCCCAGCUCUGACUAUCUGUAGGAAAGCUCGACUAGCUGGCUGUAAUCUCAGUAAGGACUCCUAUGAAAUGCUUUGCUCUGCUCUACAAUCAGCAAACUCCCACCUGAAAGAACUAGACCUCAGUAACAAUGACCUACAAGAUUCAGGAGUGGAGCUGCUCUCUGCUGGACUGAAGAGCUCACAGUGUAAACUGGAGAAACUCAGACUAGCUGGCUGUAAUCUCAGUAAGGACUCCUAUGAAAUGCUUUGCUCUGCUCUACAAUCAGCAAACACCUCACUGAAAGAACUAGACCUCAGUAACAAUGACCUAGAAGAUUCACGAGUGGAGCUGCUCUCUGCUGGACUGAAGAGUUCACAGUGUAAACUGAAGAAACUCAGACUAGUUACCUGUAAUAUUGUACAAAAGGCUUUUGAAAAUCUAGGAUCAGCUCUACAACCAGCAAACUCCUCACUGAAAGAACUAGACCUCAGUAUCAAUGACCUGCAAGAUUCAGGAGUGGAGCUCCUCUCUGCUGGACUGAAGAGCUCACACUGUAAACUGGAGAAACUCGGGUAAGAAUUCUGUAAAUAGAUAAAGUGUUGGUAUAUAUUCAAUUACGAAAUGCAGGACAAGUUAAUACUUUUAUAACCUGAGGGUAAAUAAAUAUUCCUCGUACAGGAAGCUCUGGUAAUGCUUGCUGGGUAGCAAAGGGUCAGACUUAGUGGCAGUGACAUGACAGUAAAUAACUCUAACAGUGGUACAGUUUUUCAUGCUGUGCUAGAUAAAUAUAUUUUAUUGAUCCCAAAGGAUCAAUAAAGUUGAUCCAAUAACAUUGAUCCCAAAGGAUCAAUAAAGUACCUUGGAAUCUGCUCUUUACCCAGUAUCUGUAUACACUGGAGACAGGCAUCCUAGGACAAACUUUCUUCAGCUACCACAGGAAGUAUUCACCAGCUUGGAGACGUUAAUUGUCUAUGAGAGAUCUUUAGUAAUGUGUACUCCAUGGUCAUAUACUUCAUGGCCAAAAGCAAAUUUACAUUUGUAACAUUUGGCAGAUGCUCUUUUAUAGAGCAACUUUCAGAAAUGCUUUGUUAUCCUUUGGGAACAUAUUAAUAAAAACAGGCUCAUGUCAGAUGAUAUCCUUGAGCAAAAACAUUGCCAGAGACAGGAUUUCAUGCUACCUCAGUCAGAAGUGCAUUGAGGGUCACCUUCAUUUCCAGUGUAGCCUAGCAAGUUAAACAGAGACUGAAAAGCUAAAAUGAAAUGAAAAUUGGCAAGACAAGAAAAUUUAUAAAGAAAUAAAAAUAGUAAAUUUCAGAACAUCAUAACUACAUCACUACAGUCGGG